AUGGUUCCAUAACCUGAUUAUAGCCGUUGUUGUUGAGCUGGUCAACGAAGGUUCGUGCGGACUCGGUUUGCGCUCGUGCAUUUGAUAAGACUAAAGAAUAAAGUGAAAGCUUGUUAAACCUGGAUUUUAAAAUCGCCUUUCCCUGUUAACCUCUACAAACUAGAAGUGUAAAAAUGUCUAUGAUACAGCAAGGGUCGAUGUUAGAGAUGUUGAAGAAGAAAAUGAAAGCGGUAAAAGACGAAAUGGAAAAUGCAAAGGAACACCUUGAAGAAACCGAGGCGCGGCUUCAGGAAGAGGUUCGGCGACGCGAGGAAGCUGAAGGUGAAGUAGCUGCUCUCAACAGAAGAAUCCAACUGCUUGAAGAAGACUUGGAACGAUCAGAAGAAAGGUUGAAAAUAGCUACCCAAAAACUGGAAGAAGCAUUGCAAGCUGCUGAUGAAAGUGAACGGUGAGUGCU